UACUGCAAAUCCUACAUACAUAAUUACACAUUAUUGGGGUUUCAAUUUAGGGCGAUGCCUCGGUACUAGGUGGUCCAACCCCUAUUCUACAAAUCCAAGUUGUUUGGACCCUCAAGAACACCUGGUAAGGUUGGUGAUCCCCUGUAAUCGGCGCCCUGAGAGAUCUUUUUCCUUGUAAAAACCACCAGUGAUUAUGGAGAGUGCUUCCUCCUCCUCUUCUUCUAAGGUGGCUUCUCUGCGUUGGGCCAUUCUACGACGGGCUUUUCUCUCUGCUUCCACAAAUUUUCCAUCAGAAGAGAGAAUAAAAUGUGUUUCUAGGAGGGCUGAACGCGGAUUUAACUUAAUUUUUUCCCAUAUCCUUGAGGGCCAUACCUUUUGUUCAAAUAAUUUGGUUAAUCUGAAAGAGUUGGAUGAAAAGAGAGAUGCUUAUGUGUGCUACCACUUACCUGGAGGCAGAACACCAAGACUUGUUCUAAUCCAAAGGCUACAGAAGUUUUUGGACUUGAAGAAUGACUUUGAGGUUUGUAAGACAAAUGAAGUUGACAACACUGGACUAGUUUGUAUUUGGCCUUCAGAGGAUGUCCUUACAUAUUUUUGUUUGACUCAUAAUGGCAUGUUCAGGAACAAAAGGAUUUUAGAGCUUGGGUCAGGCUAUGGAUUAGCUGGAUUAGCAAUUGCAGCAAAUUCAGACCCCCAAGAAGUUGUCAUAUCCGAUGGAAAUCCUCAAGUCGUUAAUUGUAUCCUGAUGUUUGCUGUUGUCAGGUACAAAUAUAUCAAUACAAUUUUCUUUUGAGCAAGUUGAGUGGUAUGUUUCGAACUUCAGAUGUAGUAUUGCAAUCAUCAAUACACUCACCAGUCUAGCCGAAGCCUGAAUUCAAAUAUAUCGAUAUAACCUUUGUUCUUGUAUUCGUUUUCGUGUAGUAAUGGUUGGGAGCUCAUUUUCUGUCGACUAAGUAACAAGAAAUACAAGCCCUUUGGGGUGCUUUCUUUUUUUGGUUUUCCUUUUGUUUUGUACUUUUUAUUCAUUAUCUUAAUGAAGCUCGCACUUUCUCAAAAAAAAAAAGUAACAAGAAAUACUAGCUUAUGCGUGAAUGUUGAGGAAUUUGUUGUUUCUAUCUAUGGACUCUGAACUACGAUUUUCUGGCUUUCUUAGAGAACUACCUUGAUUGUUACUUCUAAAAUCUAUCUUGUAUAAGAAUUAGCCUAUUUAUUCUGGAAAUGACAUGAUACCCCUGUUCUGAUACAUGCAUGCACAUUUCUUCAGUUUUGCAUGUUUUUGAGUUUCUUAAGUUAAUUGCUUUAGCUCACAGUAUAUCUUGAUGUUAAUAUUGGCAUCAUGUCUGUUAUGCAUGUAUGAAUAAACAUGGUAAUCAGAUAAUUGCUUCCUAUUAAAGCAGGAACCCCUACAUCAAUUAAGCCUUCUCCAUAAAGAACUCCAAUGGAUGUUGAAAUGUGUGUUUCUGUCAAGUAGUAUGUUUCUGUGACUGGAAGAAACUAUCAUAAAUUGAUCUAUUUAUGAGAUGAAAACGGUCCCGUCAUAGGUUGAUUCCUGAGAAGAAUAAUACCCACUAAUUCCCACAAAUCUAUGGAAUGGACACAUGUAAGACAUGGGAAAUGAUCUUACAGAUUUUUGGAAUUAGAUAUGCUUGGCUUUCAAUGUUGUUUUGAACAUGAAUUCUCCAUUGAUGAAUAUCAUCAAUCUGCGAAAUCUGAUCUACAUAGAAGUGGGUGCUCAGUUGUUUGCAGUGGGCAUUUAGCAUCAUGUGAUCCUGUUAUGAUUUACCUUGAGAUUGUGGGAAUUGAAGAUUUCUGCUCUAGAUUGGCCAGCCUAUACAGUUAUGCAAAUUUAGAAGAAUAUAUGAUGCUAAGUAUUCAUCUAGUAAUUCUUUAUUGCAAGUUUUCUAAAAUGGCAUCCCUGAAUUAUGCAGCCUAGAUGCAGACGGCAACUGAAUUUCAGUAUUACCUUCCUUGAAAAUAUUGUUUGCUUCCCAUUGAAGCUUAAACUAGCACUAGUAUGAAAAGAUAUAGCCUUUACAUUACCCAGCAAGCCUUAAUAUUUUCAUUUUUUCUUUCCUAGCUGAGUUAGGCCGCAACCUCAUAUUAACAAAAUGAAGCAAUAUGCAUAUGUAUAAGGUUCAGAUCACCCUGAGGUGAGGUAAUGUUUGGGGCAAUAGAUUUGUGCAAGUAGUUGCACCCUCAAUCUCCACCCUGUUUGUCCAGGCGGAUCACCAAAUUUAUUGCAAAAUAAAUACUAACAGGGUUUUGAGUUUUGACUAAUCAUUGAUUUAUUGCCCCAAGCUUCCAUCACUAGAUGAGAAUUGGCAUACACAGUGAUAUAGGUAGCCAUUUUGUGCAUGCAUCUAGAGAAACCCACUUCAAAGGUUCCCUAGGAUCUUAAGAUAUCUUAAGUCUACUUCUAGUUAUUUGUUGGGGGGCGGAAUUCUUCUCUCUUGGCAUGGUCAUAUAUGUAGAUCAAACUUCUAUUGUCCUAAUUGGAUUUGUUCACCUAGAAAUGGGCGCUCAUCAACUAGCUAGUGUCCUUUGUUGGGGGCAACAUGAUUAUGUGGAAGAGUAUGAAAUGGUCCGUGGAGGCAACAGGCUGUGAAGCUAUAAGGCAAUCUCUUGUGCUGUGUGCAAAAUGGUGGUGCUCAAGAUCUUUGUGAUGGAUGGAUAUGAGAGUUGGGGUCCAUCUUCAUAUGGACAUGAGCUUUCAUACUAAAUUGUUAUCCACAGUCUCAGACCUAGUAUUGCAUGAGAAAUCCAAAUAUGCUUUGUAAAAGAAAAGUAUUUUGUAAGAAAACCAGGGAAGAAGUACCAAACAGAUCUAUCUUAUACGUGGAGUUCUGAAUGUCAACAUGCAGAUAUGCUUAGGAAAGGGAAAUUUACUAAUAUGCACUUAAAACCACCCAGGUUCCCAACUUAAGUUGUAUGUUUAAAUCAAUAAAUAUCUGUUUCAAUCAUGGGAUGUUGAGAUUUAGAUGCCACUUUUGCUUCCAAAUCGUGUUCUUCUAAAUAAUCCAUAUUUCCCCUCCCCCCCAAAAAAGGUAUGUGAGUUGCCCACCUACCUCCAUGCAACUGAGUUGCCCACACGUUAAUUGUUUUCCUUUUUAAGUUUUUAUUUCAUAUUUGUAUGGGGAAGUUCAAAUGCUCUCUUUCCACAGGGCAUUUGAGAUGCUUAGAGGUCUUGUUUUCGAAUCUCUUAAAUCUUUUUGUUGGGGUUCAACUCACUCUUUAGCAAUUUAGGCAAGACUCAUAAUCAUUUGGUGCCGCCUUAGCAUAUCUCUCUGUUUUGGUGUAAUUUGAUAGAAAGUAACCCAAACUAAGCAUUAGGCUAGUCCAGAAAUUUAUGAACUAUGGACUGGAUAAAGAGGCGUCAUCUUCCUGACAACAAGGGUAGAAAUCAGAACUCUUGGACAUAGCCAACAAACCCCUAAAUGAAAGGGGCUGUAGAGGGAACCGAGCAUUGGUGGUCCACCAUUUGUAGAAUCAGGAUCAUCAACCAAACAGGUAACACAAGACAAGCUGCCUAUCAUAUAUAAAGGCCAUUUAAAUGGCCUUAGAAUGGGAUGAAAUUUGAAGGGUAUCAAGGAUAAAAGUGUAGACACCCGAUUCCCUGCUGAGGGAGUCUCAGGAAACAUAAGACCUAGAUACCCUAAGCCAUCCCAGAAAAUUAGACCUUAGUAUCACCAAGUACCUCAAACAUCAACCCAUACGCAAUUUCGACACCUAGAACCAUGGAAACUGGCACCCUGAAGCUUGAGCUUCAUGGACCCUUCAAAAAUCAGUCUUUUGGGCCCAAAUUUGACUCCAAAUGAAAGUAGAGGUCACAAGCUUACCAACUGCUCAAGAAUCGCUCGGAUAUGAUGUACAGUUUGAGAUUUAUGGCUCGUGGGAAUUUGUUCACAAAUAUGAUCAUUUAGUCCCCAGCGAGGCCAUGGGUAACGCUAGAGAGGGUGGCAUCAACACCAUUGGAAUUGGGGGUUCCAACACCAGCAUGACCACCAACAAUGCCUAGGAGCACAAAGUUGGGGUCUCCAAUGCCCAAGAUGGAGGUGGCAACACUGUCAGCAACAAUGUCCGAAAUGAUUGUCUGAACCACUGGCCUGAAGACCCACCAGAAAACAAGGCCCGAAGCAUCAUGAGCGUAGUGUUGGGGGUGCCAACGCCACCCCCAGUCAAACUCCUACAUAUUGAAUAGUAAUUCUGCAGCACAAAUAAUUGAAUUUGAAUGAUUAAAACCUAAGGUUGGUGGUGCCAACGACAACAAUUCAAGAAGCAACGUUGCAAAAAGUCUUCUCCAUACACCUCAUGAAUGGUAUUUUCAUUAAAUUAGAAGGACAAUUAUUGAAAAUGAAAUCACUAUGGUGAGCGUUGGCGAUGCCCAUGUCAACGUUGGAGCUGGCAACACUGGAGAUAGAAAAGAACAACAACUCUGCCAGUGCCAAUGCCCACGUUGGAGGCAGCAGUGCCCAAGGGGGCAUGGCGUUGGCAGUGGCAGUGCCAGCGUUGGCGGUAGUGAUGCUCUCAAUCAAUGAACCCAACCAACACUUGACCACUAGAACAGUGUUUGCAUUAAUGAAAAAAGAUGUUUUGAACACGUCUAAGUGAUUCACCAACAGUGAUGGCACUGUAGACGUGAGUUUCAAAUGGUUAAUGGUGCAAUCGUAGCAGCAUUGCUGGCGCCAACGCUAGCAUUGCCACCGGUGGUGUUCGGAAUCGACAACCCGGAUUGACUCGAAACUUUGUGAUACUGUUUAAGGACUAUUUUUUUAUAAAUAGUGGCCUUGGGUUCUGAAUUUGGGGAACCUUAGAGACUUCGAACCUCAGCUGAAACUUUGCCUCACUCGAGACUCAAAUCCCUAAACCUCGAGACCUAAGUUUGAGCCCUAAUCCCAACAUCCUAAAACCUAAAUUCCGACACUACCAUACACCAAUCCAUCUGAUACAAAUAUCUUCUACCUGAUGGACUCCAAAGGAUUGGAAAACUCAGUGUACCAAGCACAAUUCUGAACCGGCCGUCUACUCCGGGUGCUAGGCUUGGGGGCUUGGCUUAAGGUUUGUUUUUGUUCCUUUUCCCAUUUAUUUUCAGUCUAUUUCAAACUUAUUUUCUCCAAAUCUCUCCCCUUCUUAUCGAAAAACUCUUUUCAAGUAUUCUAGCGGAUUCUCAAUUUCUUCGCCCUUAAAGCCGGUUUUACCGGUUCUGUAUGAGAGCAGCGACUAAAUCCUCGUCCGGGUUAUAAUUCGACGAGACCCUUAUCCUCUACUCUUUCUAUUGACGAGUUUGCAUGCGAAUACGAGGCGGAGGUUGUAUUUCCUCUAUCGAAAUUUUCAUGUAUAAACAGUCUGGCACCUGCCGUGGUGCUUGUCGAGCUCGUGGGGCAUCGAAAACGCAAACAUACUCCUUGGACCUUAGGCCCGAGGGUAGAAUGAGGCGAGAAUCUGCUUUUUCUUUAUUUCGAGAGUUUUCUGGAUCUCGAGGAGGUCAGAGUAGGCAAAUUUGUCGGGGGCAACGCCGGAGUUGGCAACAACAACGAUUGUCUUGAGAACAAGACGCUGCUGGCAAUGCUAGAAUUGCUGGCCCCCACACUAGUUCUUUUUCUCUUUGGUUUUCUAGGGAGCCUAGCAUGGGAUUGACAUCGGCCUUGUUAGCGGCAACAACGCAGAAUUAUCUCAGCACUGCUGUCACGAACGCCAGAACCACUGGGACCAGAUUGCAUCCUCUGGCCUUGAUACUUACCUGUUCCUUCUUUCUAAGCUUUGUUUCUACCUUUUUAUUGUUUCUGCUACAUGGGGGUCACGUCAUCUUGGGAAGGAUCUCGGAUUUAGCUAAGCUUUGCAAUUUCGAAAUUGAAUCAUGGGAAACUUCACCCAAGAUCAAUUCUCACAGAAAAAUGGAAAAUAAGACUUAACGUUAAUCAGCCCAACAGGAUUCUCUAGAUACCCAUUUGGGGUAGUCUAUUGUAAAAUGGCAAAACACCAUUGAGAGGAGGAUUCAGCUGAGCUUUACAAUUAAGAAAUUUUGUUAAGAUGAAUUCUCCAAGAAAAUACAAUGAUGUAGUAAAAGUCCCACAGUUCACCGAACAGGAUUCUUGAGACACCUGUUCGAGGUAAUCUAUGGUAAUAUGCUAAAACACCAUUCAGAGGAGGAUUCACCUGAGCGUUACAAAGAUGAAUUCUUCUCCAAGGAAAAUACAAUGAAGCAGUCUAGUCCCUUAGUUCACCGCAAUGGGAUUCCCGCGAUACCCAUUCCGGGCAGUCUAUUGUAAUAUGGUAAAACACCAUUGAGAAGAGGAUUCAGCUGAGCUUUACAAAGAAAAAUUCUCCAAGAAAAAUGCAAUGAUGAAAUCAUGACCUUCAAUUCACCCCAACGGGAUUCUCAUAAUAUCCGUUCGGCAGUCCAUUAUAAUAUAACAAGCACCAUUGAAGAAGGGAUUCAUCUGAGCUUUACAGUUCAAGAAAAACUUUAUUUAAGAUGAAUUCUCCAAGAAAAAUUUGAUGAUAUAAUCGUAGUUCUGACUAACCAACGUGAUCACUGCCAUACCUGCUCGUGUCAACCAAAAAUCAAGUAUGGUGGAUUUUUCAUGGAUGACAAAUCCCAUGUAAAUGGAAAUUUUGAUGUCCAUUACUGCAUGACAAAAAAUUGUUUAGUUGGCUCCAUGGUUACACGAGCUAAAACUUUUAACUAAAUUCGGUUUAAAAAAUCUCCCUUUCUUCAGAAUACUCCUUUUGCAUUUCUUAAUUUUCAGGUUAUUGAUUUUCGAGUCCUUAAUUUUUCUUAAUUUUCAAUUUCUUAAAUUAAUGGACAAUCCUGAUUCGGAUCCUUUCAAAAUUAGGUGUUUGUUGUUUUAAAAAACUUUAAUUUCUUUGGUUCAAAUUGUAAUCCGGCAUCAACAUCUGUUUUUUUUUUAAAAAAUUCUCCUUGUUUUCAAGAUUUUCCUAAAAAUAUUUUGGAAAACAAAAGAGUCGGAUCCACGCUUGGUAAUGAUGAUCAGAAUGUGCCCUAAGAUUGACUGGCUCCAAAGAGAACGUCGCUGGAAGAAAGGUUUCAUGGAUCGGAAUACAAACUAUUCCAGUCCCCCCCUAAAACUCGCAAAUUUCCCUAAAAAAUCCCUUAAAUCUCCUAAACCAACCAAUCUAUAGGUCAAUUCCCUUGAAAACACCCAGGGCACGAGGUAGUAAUCUACUCAACCGGAAUUCUCUGCCUUCUCAUUUAGGGCCACUUUUCAAUCUAUGUUUUAAACACCAGGGGUUCUGUCUUCCUUGGAAUCUGACACCCCCACCUUAGCCAACAAAAUGGAGGUAGCGAUCGCCCCGACCUAUGGGCUAAGCUCACCUCCAGGUCCCAGAGACCACAGGCGCCACAGGCCGGCUGUUGUCAGAUACUCAAAUGAUGUCUCUCUUUAAAAGUAUUUUGUCCAUCUUUGUAUUUCUCUUGCUCUGUAUCUCAAGUGUCCUUUUUUGCCACUCAUCUCGUAUCGCACUUGUGCAACAUGAGCGACCAAGAGAGGCAACUGUAGACACCCGAUCCUCGGCUGAGGGAGUCUCAAGGAACCGAAGACCUAGCACCAUAGAUUCCCUAAGCCAUCUCACAAAAUUAGAGCUUAGUUUCACCAAAUACCUCAGAAAUCAACCUAUACACAAUUUCGACACCUAGAACCAUGGAAACUGGCACCCUGACGCUCUAGCUUCAUGGACCCUUCAAAAAUCAGUCAUUCGGGCCCAAAUUUGACUCCAAAUGAAAGUAGAGGUCGUAAGCUUUUCAACUGCUCAAGAAUUGCUCUAAUACAAUGUACGGUUUGAGAGUUAUGGCCCUUGGGAAUUCAUUCAGAAAAAUGAUCAUUUAGUCCCCAGCGAGGCCACAUGUAAUGCUAGUGAGGGUGAUGCCAACGCCACUGAAAUUGGGGGCUCCAAUGUCAGCGUGACCACCAGAAAUCCCCAGGAGCACAGAGUUGGGGCCUCCAACGUUCAAGAUGGAGGUGGCAACGCCGUCAGCAACAGUGUCUGAAAUGUUUAUCUGAACCACCGGCUUGAUGACCUGUCGGGAAACGAGGCCCGAAGCGUCACGAGAGCGCAACGUUGGUGGUGCCAAUGCCACCCCUAGUCGAACUCCUACAUAUUGAAUAGUAAUUCUGCAGCACAAAUAAUUGAGUUUGAAUGAUUAAAACCCAAUGUUAAUGAUGCCAACGCCAGCAUUGCAGGGAGCAACAUUACAGAAAGUCUUCUCCAUACACCUCAAGAACAAUAUUUUCAUUAAAUUGGAAGGACAAUUAUUGAAAAUGAAAUCAUUACGCUGAGCGUUGGUAAUGCCCAUGCCAGCACUGGAGCUGGCAACGCUAGAGGCAGAAAAGAACGACAGCUCUGUUAGUGCCAACGCCCAAGUUGGAGGCAGCAAUGCCUAAGGGGGCAUGGCGUUGACAGUGGCAGUGAAAUUGUCAAUCAAUGAAUUCAAACAACACAUGACCACCGGAACAAUGUUGGCAUUAAUGAAAAAAGACGUUUUGAAUACAUCUAAGUGAUUCACCAACAGUAAUGGCACGGUAGACGUGAGUUUGAAAUGGUUACUGGGGCCAUAGUGGAAGCGUUGCUGGUGCCAACGCUAGCGUUGCCACCAGUGGUUGCUGGGAAUCAAUAGCCCAAAUUGACUCGAAACUUUGUGACAAUGUUUAAAGACUAUUUUUUUAUUAAUAGGGGUCCUGAUCUCUGAAUUUGAGGAAACCUUAGAGACUUUGAACCUCAGGCGAAACUCUGCCGCACUAGAGACUCAAAUCCCUAAGCCCCGAGACCUAAGUCUGAGCCCUAAUCCUAGCAUCCUAAAACCUAAAUUUCGAUUCUACCAUACACCAAUCCAUCUGAUACAAAUAUCGUCUACCUGACGGGUCCAAAGGAUUGGAAAAACUCGAUGCACUAAGCACGAUUCUGAACCGGUCACCGACUCCGGGUGCUGGGCCUGAGGGCGGGGCUUAAGGUUAGUUUUUGUUCCUUUUCCUGUUUAUUUUCAGUCUAUUUCAAACGUCUUUUCUCCAAAUCUCCCCCUUCUUAUCGAAAAACGUUUUUCAAGUAUUCUAGCGGAUUCUUAGUUUCUUUGCCCCUCAAGCCAGUUUUACCGGUAAUUUGUACAAGAGGACUCCGACGAUCGAAUCCUCACCUGGGUUACAAUUUGACGGGACCCCUAUCAUCUACCCUUUCUAUUGACACGUUUGCACACGAAAAUGAGGCGGAGAUUGUAUUUCCUCCAUCGAAAUUUUCACGUAAAAACAAAAAGUAACCCCUCCUCUAAAAGAUUAAGGUAUUUGGGUCACCAGACAACACCAAACUAUCAAUCUGACCAUAGGGAUUGAUUCGGUCAAAACCUCUGUCUAAGGCAGUAAGAAUAGGCCUCAUAAUGGGUGGAAGUCUAAUUUCCUUGGGUCAUCAUCCAAAAAUUUUCAGGGCUUUCCAACAGUAUUUGACUUAUUAUGGAGGGCCCCAAAGCUAGCUUCAUUGACACUUGGAAAUUGGCUGCAUAUAUGGUCAGAAUUCCAUAUAAGAAUAGUUCUUAGUUGUAAUGACCCUUAGGCCUUGUUCUUUUGAUUUCUCUCAAACCGCACGGUGAAAUAAGCUGAAACUUGGAAGGAAUGUUCCUCACUUACUUUUGGGCUAACCCAAUCGAGCCCUCUUGCACACAUGCGGAUGUGCGCAGUGGAACCAAGAUUUAUGGGACACAAAAUACACAAAAACAAUGUGCGUGUGUGUGGAUGAGUGGAAAACAUAUAACAAAUUAAAUAAAAUAAAAAUAACAACUUACUGGAAUUGAGAUUUAUGUGGUUCACCUUUUCAGACUACGUCCACAGGAGACAGACAAAUCCACUAUUAAAUAAUGGUGGUCACAUAUUCCAUCCUUAUCUCUUAGAGAGAGAGAAAUCAAAAGGCUAUAUAAAAUGGCCUCAUGUGGGGGGCUUUGUUGCUCUCUUGGUAGGUUUAAGCAAAGUCUCUUCUUAUUGGUGGGAACCUCUCUAUUGUGGAGGGACGAAAAUACAAUGAUCCUUCUUUUGCAAAGAAGAAGAAGAAGAGAGAGAACCUCAAAGAAGGAAAACCUAGAGAGAGAAAACCCUCUAGAAUAAAUUAGAGAGCCAAAGAAAGCUUGUUUCUCGGAAGAACUUUGUAACCAUUAUUUUAAUAGUGGAUCUAUCUCUUUCUCCCAUGGAUGUAGCCUUAAAAGGUGAACUACGUAAAUCUCGGUACUAGUAAGUUAUUUUUAUUUUAUUUGCUUUAUUGCAUGUUUUUUCAAGUGGAUGGAGUUAAAAGGGCAAGGGGUAGGUCUAACAGGAUGUGGAUGGAAGUAGCUCAGAAAGAUAUUGGGACUUAUGGCCUCAUUGAGGGUAUGGUCUUUAAUAGAGCAGAAUGUCGGACCAGGAUUCAUGUAGCCGACCCUAAUUAAUUGGGAAAAGGCUAUGAUGAUGAUGAUGAUUGUAUGUUUUCCCACUCGUACACACAUGCACAUUAUUUUGGUGUAUUCUGUGUCCCAUAAAUUUGGGUUCUGCUGCGCACAUCCGCAUUCAUGUGAGAGGGCUCGAUUUGGUGAGCCCAAUAAGUGGUAUCAGAUCACUUUUCCUUUGACUCUGAUACGUCGCUUGGUAUACCUAUCACUGUUUGCUGGUUUGGCGAGCCUAGCUGUCGUAGGACAAGCAAGGAAGAAAAACCUCAUAUUUGGUUGAUUUUAUUUGACUGACGAACAGAGUGUUUUGGGGCAUUUCACCAGUCAGAGACUGUCGGUGAGUGGCCACUGUGUAAAGGUCUUGACUGACGGAUCGUCGGUCACCACCUUGAUAAUCAAUGAAUCACUUUGACCACCAGGGACUCACAUUGAUUGAUGGUGGCAUCCUGAAAGCUGGUGAGUGCUUGACUGCCGACGGAUACUUGACGGUUGAUGAAUUGACAGACAAUGGACCCUUGAUAGUCGACGAAUCCUUGACUGUCGAUGAAUCCUUGAUCGACGGUGGGAGCUUGACAGUCGGUGAAUCUCCUUGACCGUCGGUGAAUAGAAGAGAGGAGUGUGGAAGACAGUGUGUAGAUUAAAAAUGGAUUUCAGUACCGGGAGUAGGAUGAUAUCGCUCAACAAGAUUAAUUGGAUCAUUUGGAAGCCAAAGAUGGAAGAUCUACUAUGCUACAGGGACUUGUACACACCCAUUGAAGGGGUAGAACACAAGCCCGAAGGUAUGACAGACGAUGAGUGGAAGAAGCUGGACCAAAAGGCUCUCGGAACUAUCCGACAAUGGUUGUAAGAAAAGGUGUUCCACCAUAUGACAACGGAGACAUCCGUCAAGUCAUUGUGGGAUAAACUACAUGACUUGUACGAUAGAAAGAUCGCAGGAAAUAAGGCAUACUUGAUCCAAAAACUGUAGAACAUGAAGUUCAAGGACGGGGGGUCUAUUGCAGAGCAUUUGAAUGAGGUGCAAAACAUUGUUAACCAACUCGCAACGAUGAAAUUGUUCUUGAAAGAUGAGCUACUUGCUUUGUUUUUGCUUGAUUCACUAUCGAACAGUUGGGACACCCUAGUAGUCUCCGUGUGUAACUCAGCACCUGAUGGGAGUGACCAUGAGUCAGGUCACUACUAGCCUGUUGAAUGAGGAGACAAGAAGAAGUCCUCUGACACAUUAAACUCGCAAGCUCUAGUCACAAAUCAAGGGAGGUCCAAAAAUAGGGACGAAAACUGAUCUAAUUGAUCUAAGGAUAAAGCUAAAUUGAAGUCGAGAAAGGGGGUCACAUGUUUUCAUAGUGGUAAGAUUGGGCACAUCAAAAAGAGAGCCGUAAGCUCAAGAAAGAGCAAAAUGAGGACAAUGCUAAGGAUGACGGCAGGUGAACCACUGCAAUGGCCACAUAUGGUGUGGUCGGAAAUUGUGAUGACGGGUGCAUCCAUAAUGCAUCGAGAUCAUGCAACUCUGAUUGGGUUGUAGAUACCGGAGCAUCAUUUCACGUUACCGCAUUGACGCUAUUUUCUUCUUACAGAACAGGAGACUUUGGCUCUGUAAAGAUGGGGAACAAUGAUUCUUAAAAGAUUGUGGGUAAAGGAGAUGUACACAUCAAGAUUGAUAUUGGGAUGAAGCUGGUGUUAAAAGAUGUUAGACAUGCACCAGAUAUCCGUCUAAGCCUCCUCUCAGGAGGGUGUUUAGAUGAUGAAGGAUACCACUCAGUGUUUGGUUAGGGACAUUGAAAGCUGACAAAUGGAUCUCUUGUUAUAGCAAAGGGCGAGAAGUGUUGUUCACUUUAUAGAAUACAGGUGCAGGUCUAUAUGGCGCAGUUAAUGCCGGUCAUAGAAGAACCCUCACUAGACUUGUGGCACAAGCGACUAGGCCACAUGAGUGAAAAAGGAAUACAAAUCUUAGCAAAGAAACAAAUUCUUCCCAGUGUCAAGAGUGCAUCUUUAACCCCAUGUGACCACUGUUUGCUAGACAAACAAUAUGAAGUCUCUUUCUUUAGUAAGAUCACUAAAGAUACGAAAAUACUAGAUCUGGUGUAUUCAAAUGUGUGUGGUCCCAUGGAUGUCAAGUCGCUUAGUGGGGCAUCAUGCUUUGUUGCCUUUAUCGAUGAUGUUUCAAGAAAGGUGUGGGUGUACUUAAUGAAAUUGGAAGAUCACGUGUUUGAGAUCUUUCAGAAUUUUCAUGCUAAGUUGGAAAGGGAGACAUGCAAGCUACUAAAGUGUCUUAGAUUAGACAAUGGGGGGGAGCACACCUUGAAUGCUUUCAAAAGCUACAGUGCCAAGUGUGGCAUAAGGCACAAAAAAGACAAUGCCCUAUACCCCUAGCAUAAUGGUGUACUAGUGACAAUGAAUUGCACAAUUAUGGAAAGAGUUAGGAGCAUGCUAUCUGCCGCGAAGUUACCAAAGCCAUAUUGGGGUGAUGGUGAAGCAAUUCUCAAAGCAUGCUACCUAAUAAAUAGAUCCCCGUCAUUUCCUCUUGAUGAUGAAUUCCCAUAUAGAUUUUGGAUUGGAAAAGAUAUCUUUUAUUCACACUUGAGGGUGUUUGGAUGCAAGGCAUUGGCGUACAUGCCCAAGGAACAAAGAUCCAAGUUGAAUGAGAAAGCACUCCUAAGCAUCUUCUUAGGCUACUCAGAUGAAGAAUUCAGCUAAAGGGUAUGGGAUCCUAAGAACAAGAAGAUGAUCAAGAAUAGAGAUGUGGUCUUUCAAGAAGACCUUACCAUUGAAGACGUGAAGAAGCCAGAAAAGCCACGAAUCUUCAGUGAUUAAGAACCGGUCACAGUUCCUCCUACCGUGGUGCAUGAAGACGGAGGAGAAGUGCAACAAGAGGAUGGGUCACAAGAGUUUGACAUGCCAGCUCCGGGUGAUGUGGAACAGGGGGAGCAGCCUGUUCAAGAAGUGUUUGAUACAGUUGAACUGAGAAGGUCCUCUAGGGGACCUAACCCUCUACCAUAUACCCUGCAUCUGCGUAUACCUAUACACUGAAGGGGGUUAACCAGAAAGCUAUCAGGAAGCUCAAGUCGAUGAACAUAAAGAGGAGUGGGUUAAAGCUAUGCAAAUGGAGAUGGAAUCUUUGCAUAAGAACCACACCUAUGACUUGGUAUAGUUGCCUAAAGGUAAGAAGCCACUGAAGAACAAGUGGGUCUUUAGGAUAAAGACUGAAGAGAAAGCUCACAACCAAGGUACAAGGCUAGGUUGGUUGUGAAAGGUUUGAAGCAGAAAAAGGAUAUUGACUUUGAUGAAAUCUUUUCUCCCGUGGUGAAAAUGUCAUCAUUUCAUGUGGUAUUAGGCCUGACUGCAAUCUUGAAUCUAGAGAUAAAGUAGCUAGAUGUCAAGACUGCCUUUCUCCAUGGUGAUUUGGAGGAAGAGAUAUAUGGAGUAGGUAGAAGUAUUCAAGAUAAAAGGAAAGGUGCAAAUGGUUUGCAAGCUGAAAAGGAGCCUAUACAGGUGAAACAGGCCCCAAGGCAUGUUUUUCAUGGGUACAAGAGGAUAGCCUCAGACCAUUGUGUGUUCUUCAUGUCGGUCUGGAAAGAAGAGUUGUGCAAUGCCUUGGUCAUGAACGAUUUAGGGCCUACUCAACAGAUAUUGGGCAUGAAGAUCUCUCGUGACAGGAAGGCUGGGAAGCUAUGGUUGUCACAAGAAAAGUACAUUGAGAAAGUGCUCGAAAGGUUUAGUAUGAAUAAGGCAAAACUGUUGGUUCCCCACUUGGAAGGCAUUUCAAGUUAAGUGUCAAGCAGAGCCAUUCAAAUGAGAAUGGGAAGGAAGAAAUGCAGAAAGUUCCCUACGCAUUGGUUGUAGGAAGUUUAAUAUAUGCCAUGGUGUGCAUGAGGCAAAAUAUUCUCAUAUAGGUGUAGUGAGCAGAUUUAUGCUAAUCCUGGCAAGGAACAUUGGGCAGCAGUCAAAUGGAUAUUCAAUCUGGGAAUAACUGUUUACUAUUGCAGGGGGAGCUGUUUCAUGGCAGUCCAAACUGCAGAAGUGUGUGGCUCUAUUGAUCACCGAGGCAGAGUACAUUGCAGCCACAGAAGCCUGCAAGGAGAUGAUAUGGAUGAAAAGAUUCUUCCAAGAGCUGGGCUUGAAAUAGGACACAUAUAUCAUCCAUUGUGACAGUCAAAGCGUUAUUCACUUGAGAAAGAAUGCGAGCUUCCAUUCUUGGACAAAGCACAUUGAUGUGCGUUAUCAUUGGAUUCAGGAUGUUCUAGAGAGGAAGUUACUGCAACUAGAGAAGAUCCAUACCCACAAGAAUCUGCCAGAUAUGAUGACCAAGACCUCAGCCAGUGAUAAGAAAGAGUAUGAAGACGCAUGAUUGGCAGGGGUGCCAUUUGAGCACCUGGUUAAUCUGCAACAGAGAACUUACCCCAUGGGACAGAAGGGGGAGAUUGUUGGGAGAGUCCAUCUUAUGUGAUAGGACCUCCAUGAAAAUUUUUAUUUGUAGAAGGGCACUUAGUUAUAUACAAGUGUUGACUUGUUGUUCAAGUCAUAGGAAGUAGUUAUCAAAAUAUAACUUAACGUGAGUUAUAGGCUUCUCAAAAAGGAGAUCCUCAUGUGGGCCCCACAUGAGAUGAGAUAAGAUUAAAUAAAGGUGGUCAAAGAUUCCAUCCUUAUCUCUCUUAAAGAAAGAACAAAUCAAAAAACUAUAUGAAAAGGCCUCACGUGGGGGGCUUUGUUACUCUUUUUGUGGGGUUUAAGCAAAGUCUCUUCUUAUUGGUUGGAUCCUCUCCAUUGUAGAGAGAAGAAAAUACAAUGAUCAUUCAUUUGCAGAGAAGUAGAACAGUGAGAGAGAAGCUUGUUAGAGAGAGAAAGGGAGAACCUUUUAUAUAGCCUUUUGAUUUGUUUACUCUCUCUAAGAGAGAUAAGAAUAGAAUCUUUGACCAUCUUUAUUUAUGCGGGGCCUACAUGAAGAUUUCAUUUUUUAAGUAGCCUACAACUCUUCAUGUGAAGUUCUCUUUUGAUAACUGCCUCUUAUUGACUUGAACGACAAGUCAACCCUUGUAUAUAAGUAAUGUGUCCCUCUACAAAUAGAAAUUUCCAUGGAGGUCUUCCCACAUGGGACAAACGCUUCCAACACUUACUCCCCUACAUACCUAUAUACGUAUCAAAGGGGUUUAAUUCACAAGAUUGGAAGCAGAACCAAAUAUCACAAAGGGGUUUUGGCCUGUAGCCAGCUGCAAUAGCCCCAUGCCUUCCCUUUUCAAUUUGUCCCAAUGAUUCAAAAAGCAGACUGCCCAGUGCCUAGGUCCGAAAGGCUUGGGCGCAUCGCCCAGGCCUAGGCGGCCAAUCUGGGCGGUUGAUCCAUGGGCGGCCGCCUAGGCAGUACGGAACUCGCCUAGGCCUCAUCUAGGCGGGCACCCAGGGCCUGUGUCCCUCCCAAGGGCGGAAAUUGAUUUCGUUAGGGGCAAUUUUGGCCUUUUUUUUUGUUUUAAGGGCAAAAAAUUAGAUUCAUUUGAACCCUAAAACUUGUUGGAG